GCUCCGGGGCCGCCAUCUUGGCGGAAAGUUUGGGGGGAGAGCGGCUGGGGGCGCGGAAGGAGGCGAGGUUCCGGGGGUGGGGCGGAUAGGAGGCGAGAGGGCGAGCGGGUUAGUGGGCCGGCGGGCCGCGGGCAGCAAGGAAGCUGCUACAGCGGUCGAGAAGGAGGAAGAGGCAGCGGGGGUGCGGCCGCCCAGGGGAGCUCCUCCCCCGUCCCCUCACCCCCUCAGCUGAGUCCUCCAGCCCGGGGCGGGGCGGGGGUACGUGGAGCGGGGUAGGGCGGAGGAGCUGCUCCGAGUCGGGCCCCGGCGCACCCCAGCUCCCGGUGCACGCCGCUCACAGGAACUUUGUGGCGGCGCCGCAGGUGUGGGGGCCCUCGGAGGUGUGCAUGUGCUGUGCGAGGGCGUCGCGGAGAGCGGCCGCUGCCCUGCCCGGCCCCCUCUGGAGUAGCCCGGAGGAGGCGAGCAAGGAGAAAGGCAAGCGAGAGGAGGGGGCCCAAGCAGGGCGGGGUGGCCAGUCCAUCGGAUCCCUCUCAGCGCACUCUUCGGCCUCAGCUGGCUUAGGGGCGAAGGGUUGGAGUGCCUUUUAAGCCACUCGCCCGCAGUAGCAGGUGUGUGCCCUCUUCCUGAUUCUGGAGAAAAAUGCCGGUCCGGAAACAAGAUACCCAGAGAGCAUUGCACCUUUUGGAAGAGUAUCGUUCAAAACUGAGCCAAACUGAAGAUAGACAGCUCAGAAGUUCCAUAGAACGGGUUAUUAACAUAUUUCAGAGCAACCUCUUUCAGGCUUUAAUAGAUAUUCAAGAAUUUUAUGAAGUGACCUUAUUGGAUAAUCCAAAAUGUAUAGAUCGUUCAAAGCAGUCUGAACCAGUUCAGCCUCUGAAUACCUGGGAAAUUUCCAGCCUUCCAAGCACUACUGUGACUUCAGAAACACUGCCAAGCAGCCUUAGCCCUAGUGUAGAGAAAUACCGGUAUCAAGAUGAAGAUACACCGCCCCAAGAACACAUUUCUCCACAAAUCACUAAUGAAGUGAUAGGUCCAGAAUUGGUCCAUGUCUCAGAGAAGAACCUGUCAGAGAUUGAGAAUGUCCAUGGAUUUGUUUCUCAUUCUCAUAUUUCACCAAUAAAGCCAACAGAAGCUGUUCCUCCCUCUUCUCCCACUGUCCCUGUGAUCCCUGUCCUGCCAGUCCCUGCUGAGAAUACUGUCAUCCUACCCACCAUACCACAGGCAAAUCCUCCUCCGGUACUAGUUAACACAGACAGCUUGGAAACACCAACUUAUGUUAAUGGCACUGAUGCAGAUUAUGAAUAUGAAGAAAUCACACUUGAAAGGGGAAAUUCAGGGCUUGGUUUCAGCAUUGCAGGUGGUACAGACAACCCACACAUUGGAGAUGACUCAAGUAUUUUCAUUACCAAAAUUAUCACAGGGGGAGCAGCUGCCCAAGAUGGAAGAUUGCGGGUUAAUGACUGUAUAUUGCGAGUAAAUGAAGCAGAUGUUCGUGAUGUAACACAUAGCAAAGCAGUUGAAGCAUUGAAAGAAGCAGGGUCUAUUGUACGCUUGUAUGUAAAAAGACGGAAACCAGUAUCAGAAAAAAUAAUGGAAAUAAAGCUCAUUAAAGGUCCUAAAGGUCUUGGGUUCAGCAUUGCUGGAGGUGUUGGAAAUCAGCAUAUUCCUGGAGAUAAUAGCAUCUAUGUAACCAAAAUAAUUGAAGGGGGUGCAGCACAUAAGGAUGGUAAACUUCAGAUUGGAGAUAAACUUCUAGCAGUGAAUAGCGUAUGCUUAGAAGAAGUUACUCAUGAAGAAGCAGUAACUGCCUUAAAGAACACAUCUGAUUUUGUUUUUUUGAAAGUGGCAAAACCAACAAGUAUGUAUAUAAACGAUGGCUAUGCACCACCUGAUAUCACCAACUCUUCUGCUCAGCCUGUUGAUAAUCAUGUUAGCCCAUCUUCCUACUUGGGCCAGACACCAGCAUCACCAGCCAGAUACUCACCAGUUUCUAAAGCAAUGCUUGGAGAUGAUGAAAUUACUAGGGAACCUAGAAAAGUUGUUCUUCAUCGUGGCUCAACAGGCCUUGGUUUCAACAUUGUAGGAGGUGAAGAUGGAGAAGGAAUAUUUAUUUCUUUCAUAUUGGCUGGAGGACCUGCUGAUCUAAGUGGAGAGCUCAGAAAAGGAGAUCGUAUUAUAUCGGUAAACAGUGUUGAUCUCAGAGCUGCCAGUCAUGAGCAGGCAGCAGCCGCAUUGAAAAAUGCUGGCCAGGCUGUAACAAUUGUUGCACAAUAUCGACCUGAAGAGUACAGUCGUUUUGAAGCUAAAAUACAUGACUUACGGGAGCAGAUGAUGAAUAGUAGUAUUAGUUCAGGGUCAGGUUCUCUACGAACUAGCCAGAAGCGAUCCCUCUAUGUCAGAGCCCUUUUUGAUUAUGACAAGACUAAAGACAGUGGCCUUCCCAGUCAGGGACUGAACUUCAAAUUUGGAGAUAUCCUCCAUGUUAUUAAUGCUUCUGAUGAUGAGUGGUGGCAAGCCAGACAGGUUACACCAGAUGGUGAAAGUGAUGAAGUUGGAGUGAUUCCCAGUAAACGCAGAGUUGAGAAGAAAGAAAGAGCCCGUUUAAAAACAGUAAAAUUCAAUUCUAAAACAAGAGGAGAUAAAGGGGAGAUCCCUGACGACAUGGGAUCAAAAGGCCUGAAGCAUGUAACUUCUAAUGCCAGCGAUAGUGAAAGUAGUUACCGUGGUCAAGAAGAAUAUGUGUUGUCUUAUGAACCAGUGAAUCAACAAGAAGUUAAUUAUACUCGACCAGUUAUCAUAUUGGGACCUAUGAAAGACAGAAUAAACGAUGACUUGAUAUCAGAAUUUCCUGACAAAUUUGGAUCCUGUGUUCCUCAUACAACCAGACCAAAACGAGAUUAUGAGGUAGAUGGCAGAGAUUAUCAUUUUGUGACUUCAAGAGAGCAGAUGGAAAAAGAUAUCCAGGAGCAUAAAUUCAUUGAAGCUGGCCAGUAUAAUAAUCAUCUUUAUGGAACAAGUGUUCAGUCUGUGCGAGAAGUAGCAGAAAAGGGAAAACACUGUAUACUUGAUGUGUCUGGAAAUGCUAUAAAAAGAUUACAGAUUGCACAACUUUACCCAAUAUCCAUUUUUAUUAAGCCCAAAUCCAUGGACAAUAUCAUGGAAAUGAAUAAGCGUCUAACAGAAGAACAAGCCAGAAAAACAUUUGAGAGAGCCAUGAAACUGGAGCAGGAAUUUACUGAACAUUUCACAGCUAUUGUACAGGGAGAUACGCUGGAAGACAUUUACAACCAAGUGAAACAGAUCAUAGAAGAACAGUCUGGUCCUUACAUCUGGGUUCCAGCAAAAGAAAAAUUAUGAAGAUUCAUGUUUCCCUAUUUCUCUUUUCCACAAUCUCAUAUUCUUUGACAUUUCUUAGCCCUUUCCUUCUGGAGUCUGUCUUCAGUUCUCCUUUCAUGUUUAAUCAUAUCCACUCAUCAUGGUCUGCAGUCAUGCUUAUUUUUGACAUCUGAUGUCUCCUUCACAUUGCAACAUCUGUAUUAUUCCAUGUCACUAUCGGUUUGUAGCCAUUUUUCCAAAUUAAAAAUGGAUGGCUGACCAGCUAUUAAGGGUUUGGGGAGACGCAGAAAGUGUGGUAAAAUUCCUUAAUGUUUAAGGGAAAGAAACUUUAAGACAUUUGCAGAAAAGCUUUAUAUACAUUCUUUUCAAAUUUCAAUACAAAUGAAAGAAAAGUGGUUUUAAUCAAUGAUUUAGUAGACUUUGAGCAACUGUGCACGCUUAACUUUAGUAGCAUGGUUUGGCCAAUGUUAUUACCUCUCAAGUCCUUUUCUCAAUUGACUUCUGUUAUCAAAGUAAUUACUUCAUUAUAGAUAAAUAAGAAAAAUGUUUUUUUUUAUUUUAAAAUUAAUGUCCGAAUUGACUUUCAUAAUUUCACAAGGGAUAUUCAUUUUACAUAAGAGUCUUUUAAGUCUUUUAUUGUUUGAGGUUUUCUUUUUUCCCCAGUACCUUUGCUAGGAAUAACAAUGUUCAAAUGUUUUUAAUCUACUUGUGCAAACACUGUUUAGUUUCUUACAAAAAUUGUUCAUACAUAAUGAUCAUCACAUUUUCUGAUUUAAGGCCAUGUUUAGGUGCUAGGGGAGCUCACCUUUUACAGUACAGAAGGUUGAGAAAAUGUCAUAGAUGUAAAUGCAGACAAGACAUUACAGUGGAGAUGUAGUAAUUAUUAUGGGCAAUGGAAAAGGAGUCCAAUUCGUAGUCUAAAAACUCUAAAUGUAUUCUUAGGGGUCAGAUUUUAAUGAAUAUUUUACCCACAAUAACUGCCUAUUUUGUUAUAAUAAAGUAUAUAUAUAAAUAUAUAUAAAACUUUCUUUAACUAAACUGUAACUAUGGGAAUUAUUUUCUUUACAUAGUUGCACACACACAAACAUAUAUAUAUAUAUAUAUUUAAAAUAUAUUUUUCUUUUGCCACCUACUCCUAACUUUUUGUUUGGUUUUUAAAUUAAAUAUAAAUUGAUCAAACUUAUCUUUCUUAAUCAUGUGAACUGAAAACAGGAGUACAGUGGUUGUGAGGAGAAGCCUCUAGGGAAAUUAGAUUGCAAUUAAAAGUAUGAGCAUGUUCUCCUCUUCUAUAGAACUUUUCAAAAGGUUACGGGGAUGGGGGGGGAAGGGGGGUGUUUGUUUUUGUUUUUGUUUUGUCAUUUUUUUUGUCAUUGGGUUUGAUUUUGGUCUUCUGCCUUUCCUCCAAGUUCUCCUUUUAUGAUAAGAAAACAGGCAAAAACCCUAUUUAUGUGUGAGUUUUCCCCUCAGACACCUUUCAUCCUAUGUAGCUGCUCUGUACUAGAGUUGCCCAGAUCAUCAUGGUGAGCAAUUUUAAAGAUAUUUUAGUGAAAGGUAGAAAUUACUUCAGAAAUCAGUUUCUCUGGUCCUUUUUAUUAAUAAUAUCAUUUGGCUUCCCAUUGCUCUUUGGAGUUGUUUAUUAAAAUAUGUGGUUUUUGACAACCUCCUCAUUAAAAUUUCUUAAAUGAGUACUGGUUUGUAAAGAAUUAGCAACAUUAUCCAUUCCAUUUAUGAGAAAGAGGAGAACAGCUAAUAAACUUUAUUGUAAAAUCUGUA